AUGUCUAACCAAAACCCCCUCCCCACCAACUCCGCCCUCGCCCUCUCCAUCCUUACCUCCCUCGGCGGUGCAAUCGGCUACGCACGCACUGGCUCAAUCCCCUCAAUCGCCGCCGGUCUCUCUGAAAUCGGUCUUCUAGCCUCGGCUGUUCUUGGCGGAAGCUCCAUUCCCCGUGUUAUCAAGACUGGAGGAAAGCCUGUGCCGCUGGGACUUUCGGUCCUUGCGACUUAUGGAAUUGUCGUUUUUGGGCUUGCUUUCAAGGAGAAGAGGGCUUAA